AUGCCGGCAAUUCUUUCCGUUGCUCCCGUCUUAGAACAUGCUCUUGUGCACCGUGCAGCAUCAUCCCUCAAUGCGACUGGGAAAUCCUCGCCUCUUGAGGUUGUUUGCGCCUGGCCUGUCUCCGGUCAGUAUGGCCCGGGGACACGAGCCCUAUACUAUGUCUUAAUUGCAGCCUGUGUGGUCGCUCGCAAAUAUGAAUGGAUUCGGAAUGCUUGCUUGGCCGCUGUGCUACUCUUUCCCGCUAUCGCAGCGCUCCACGGGAUUGUGCUUGCUGCGCUUCAUGUCGAAGGUGCCGUUGAUAUGGAUGUUUAUGGCGCAUUUCAGCUGUGCGCAAUCGGCAUCCUCACCGCGCCUGCAACUGUGAGGAUAUCUCGAACCUAUUUCUAUAACCCGGGCCGAGAUAUCAUCUUCUUGUGGACGGUUCUUCUUCUGGUCGGGCUAAUCAGCUUGAUUGUGGAGUUCAUGCGCCUCGAACCCAUCGUUUGCCCAGCUGAUGACCCAGCGAGCAUUUCUUGGGCCGCAACAGGUAACUUCACCUAUGGUUCCAACUGUAGCAUUGCUUGUACACCGGAAGAUGGUCCACGCUCACCACUGCGGCUAGACGCAGCUGAUAAUAUCUUUGUGAUUCCAGUACCUACCGAGCUGUCCUUCAAUGCGGCAACCCUCAUUGCAGCUGCAUGCUGCAUUCCGGGAAUCUUGUCAUUGAUAUCCAUGUGGAUCAAGAUCCUGGACAAUAACGGGAAGAAGACCUCGAAUGGGAUAGCGCUGGAACCCAACCAACCCAUCGAGGGAACCAAUGGAGCUACCAUUGAGAAAAUGACUGGAAUUAGCGAGAAGAUCAAAAGAUGGUUGACUGUCAUUGGGAUACCGAUAUUUGCUGCAGCAGUGCUUGCGAUUCUUAUCAAAGGUGAAAUGAACUUUUGGAGCGAUCAGGUGAGAUACCAGACAGAGCCAAUACAAAGCAUUGGUCAAUGGGCACCAAUCGUUGGUACAGGACUUGCUGCAUUGGGAUCACUAUAUCUCCUCCUGUCCGCUGAUAUGGACGCCGAAGACAAAAGAUAUGGCCAGCCAGAGGGAGAACCAAACGAACCUACCGCAGGUCCAUGUGCACACUGCGGUAACUGUGCUUCUUCAGAGACACGAAGCAGUUCCCGCCGAGAGUCUGGAACAAGUACGGACGACAUCCACAUGACGAACAUGCGCCGCCAUACCACCAACCAAACCAGCACCACUCACUCCAAGUCCGAAGGCGAUCUGGGAAGAAGAAAGGUUGCCCAAUUCUUAAAUAGAACAAGUACUCUCAUGGCAGUCAAAGCCUACAAACAAAUUGAGAGAGGAGGUUUCAACCACGACGCGAAAACAACCUACCCUACAACACCAGGAGAAGAAUAUAAGAACAAAUUACUCCAAAGCCAACAGCUCAAAUACCAAAUCACACAUACACCCGAUACCCGCUCAAGAGCAGGAAGCUUCAUAAGCAGCAGAGAGUCCGUGGAUAAUGGAGAAGGAAGCUCGAGAAUGUCUCGCAGUCCGGUCCGGCAGUCAGUGCCUGCACCAACCCCUGCGCGGCCAAGGUCUCGUCCCAAUCACGCAAACUCCCUCGGGGCCUUAUUUGAGCCAUCAACUUCACAGUCCCUUUCUCCAGGGUCGCUAUCGGAAAAUUGGACUGGAGGACAGUUGCGUCCGUCGGAUAGGAGGCCGAGUCAACGAAGUAGAGCAACAUCUACUUCCUCUAAUUCGGAUAUCAGUCCAACAACGGUAUCGCCAGUGAUUCAGUUUCCACCGAAGAUAGUGGUUUCACGUUCCGAAGAGAGUGGUGGAUGA